AUGAGGAAGGCUGCACUGCAUGCCUGGGAUUCAGGGACUUUGUCUCAAGGUCUCAGAGCAGCAAGGCUGCUCCUCUUCCCCACCAACUGGCAAGGCCUGGAGGGUGGAGGUCCCUACACCUGGGGGCUCUGCAUCUUGAAGAAAGAAUUCUUCCGCCAGGCUGUGGUGUGCUCCUGUAACCGCAGCCUUCCAGGAGCCUGCGUCCUCGCCGCGCUGCUCCUUUGGUUGCGCCUGGCGCCAGGCGUGCGCGGCGCUCCUUGCGAGGCUGUGCGCAUCCCCAUGUGCCGCUCGAUGCCCUGGAACCUCACGCGGAUGCCCAACCACCUGCACCACAGCACGCAGGAGAACGCCGUGCUGGCCAUCGAGCAGUACGAGGAGCUGGUGGACGCCAAUUGCAGCGCUGUGCUGCGCUUCUUCCUCUGUGCCAUGUACGCGCCCAUCUGCGCGCUCGAGUUCCUGCACGACCCCAUCAAGCCCUGCAAGUCCGUCUGCCAGCGUGCGCGAGACGGCUGCGAGCCGCUCAUGAACCUCUACAACCACAGCUGGCCAGAGAGCCUGGCCUGCGACGAGCUGCCCGUCUACGACCGCGGCGUGUGCAUCUCGCCCGAGGCCAUUGUCACCGACCUCCCGGAGGACGCCAAGUGGUUGGACCUCACCCCAGAUAUGAUGGUGCAAGAGAUGCCCCUGGAUGUGGACUGCAAACGCCUCAGUCCUGAUCGGUGCAAGUGUAAAAAAGUGAAGCCAACUUUGGCGACGUACCUGAGCAAGAACUACAGCUACGUUAUUCAUGCCAAAAUCAAAGCUGUGCAGCGGAGUGGCUGCAAUGAAGUCACAACUGUGGUGGAUGUCAAGGAGAUCUUCAAGUCCUCGUCACCCAUCCCUCGAACGCAAGUCCCGCUCGUCACGAAUUCUUCCUGCCAGUGUCCUCACAUCCUGCCCCAUCAAGAUGUCCUCAUCAUGUGUUAUGAGUGGCGCUCAAGGAUGAUGCUUCUUGAAAAUUGCUUAGUGGAAAAAUGGAGGGAUCAACUUAGUAAAAGAUCCAUACAGUGGGAAGAGAGGCUGCGGGAACAGCGAAGAGCAAUUCAGGACAAGAAGCGAACAGCUGGACGCACCAGUCGUAGUAAUCCUCCCAAACCAAAAGGAAAGCCACCUGCUCCCAAACCUGCCAGCUCUAAGAAGAACAUUAAAGCUAGAAGUGCACAAAAGAAGACAAACUCCAAAAGAGCGUGAGCUAACUGCUUUCAGAAAUGGAGACUUCCUUAUAGCAUGAGGCUGGGCAUUGCCUGGGACAGCUGAUGUAAGGCCACACACCCCUUGCCUUAAGGACUCUUGCAGUCCGAUUCAUAGACACAUCUUGCAGCAUUUUCUUUAAUGAUUUGCUUCCAUGUUUCCUUUUAAGCCAUUACAAGCCAUAUGGGUGAUUGGCACUCUGGUAUGGCAAGUGUAAUAAUUAAAGCUGGUUGAAAGCUUUUUUGGUAUACAGAGUGGUGCACACUCUUUUGACCGCCAUGUAGAGGACAUAGGUUUUUUUUCUUAGUUUGACCUAAUAUGUGCAUUGUAAAAUUAAUGCCAUAUUUGAAAAGAAACACUUUUGACAAAAUAUUUUAUUUCUGUUUGACUUCUGAUAGAACAGUAGUG